CUUCCGGUUCGGAAGUGGGAGCAAAUCAAGGCGAUUGACGCGCGAGAUCAUGUAUGAGUGGAACCCGGUUUGCGAAAACAUCGGAUAUUGCGGGAAAAAAGUCUUCAUGAAGUUUUAAGUGUCACACACUCUCAGCUAUAAACACCGGACACAGAUCCAAGAUGCCCAUUCCUCCCCCGCCCCCUCCACCCCCAGGUGGACCCCCUCCUCCCCCCACCUUUAGCCAGGCAAACACAACUCCUCCCAAGCUGAGCCGAGAUGAAGCAAAGGGCAGAGGGGCUUUGCUCUCUGAUAUCUGCAAAGGGACCAAGCUGAAGAAAGUUGGCGUUGUCAGUGACAGGAGUGCACCUAUGAUUGAGAAGCCAAAAGGAAGUGGUGGAGGCGUGUCCAGCAGCGGAGGGUCUUCUGCAUCGUCCCAGCCAGUAGGAGGGCUGUUUCAGGGUGGCGUCCCAAAAUUGCGACCUGUAGGAGAUGGUUCUGCAGGCAGGUCUGCAUUGCACCCUCCUGGCACUCGUUCUGCUGCACCUCGCCCACCCGGCAGUCACGAUGACCCCGACAGUCCCUCUCAGCAGGCCUCUCCUCCAGAGCCUGGCCGCUCCCAGAGACCAUCCCUGCCUGAUCUCUCCCGUUCCCCCGGUGGAGGCAGCAGCCCCUCUACAGGUAUGAAGCACAGCUCUUCAGCUCCACCUCCACCACCCCCCAUGUCCCGGCGUGGAAACGCUCCUCCCGCCCCACCGCAGAAAGCCGCGGCGCCCUUGUACAAUCGCGAAAAGCCACUUCCGCCGACUCCAGGGCAGCGAGGACCCUCUCCAGCGCCGGUGCGUGAAAACGCGCCACCUCCACCAGUGAAACCUCCUCCGUCACCUGCAAGCAGCCGCUCGUCUUCAUCCUCUUCUUCCUCCCUGGCCCCGCCGCCGCCACCUUACCGUCAGCAGUCCGGGGUUUCCAAUGGCCCCUCCAGUCCUGUGAACGAGGCGGCCCCCGAACUGCCCCAGAGACACAACUCACUCAGCAAGAAGCCUUCAGCUGGUGGGCACACACCGACACGCGGACAUGCACCGCCUCCACCACCGUCACCCACCCCACAGGCAGCCAGACCCCCGCCACCAGCAAGAGAGCCCCCGGGACGAGGAGCAGCUCCUCCUGUUCCUGGGCAGCCGUCACGGAAUGGCAGGGAUGCUCCUCCUCCGCCUCCACCACCUUACCGGACUCACGGCACUACCUCGGAUGUCCCGAGCCGAGGCAAGCCCCCUCCUCCCCCCUCCCGCACACCAGCCGGACCCCCACCCCCUCCCCCGCCCAUCCGCAAUGGACACACUUCCAUUUCCCGUUCCUUUGUAGAUGAUUUUGAGUCCAAGUAUUCUUUUCAUCCUCUGGACGACUUCCCUCCUCCAGAGGAGUACAGACAUGUCACGAAGAUAUACCCAAGCAAAGCUAACAGAGUAAUGCGAGGAGCCCCUCCUUUGCCACCUGUCGGGAGGUAAACACUGUGAUCCGUCGUUUGGGCUGCAUCGGCGACGAGGGUUCUUCACACAGACCCAUACGCUCAUAAAGACAAUCUCACAUGCGCAUCUAAAGACACAAAGCCUGCACCUUAUUAACAGCCAUUCCCUCAUCGGAUAACAUUCCUAUUCAUUCAAGCAAGCUCCAUCAUAUCACUUUUGUCCGGUGCGGAAGGUCGUCUUCGCUCAGAAAAGAGUGAGAUGAGGGAAAGUACUGCAUUCCAUCAUCAGUAACGGCCAACUUUAUUAUUAUUAUUUUUUUUUUUUUUUUUUUUUUUUCCCUUCGGCAUUUUAAAUACCUAGGUAGCACUGCACAUUUGAUUGGAUGUGCACUGAGAGCCUGUAUGUAGGUAAAGCGUAGCACUUGAGACGGGAAGUGGAAAGCAUGUGCCUGGAAACUGUCUUAACUAUGUCAGGCAAUGUUAAAUGUUAUUCUUUUUUCCUCUCAGUCGCUACCCCAUGCACUGUGAAUAAUGCGAGUCACUCGGAGCAUCUGAGUGUGAGCUGAACUGUAAAAACUGUUAGCUUUAGAUGUUUUUGUCUUUUGUCCUGGUUGUGUCCCAUUUCUGGGAACAGCCAUUACCUUUAAGUUCUCUCAGGGGGUUUGUUGGACUUCAUUACCCUCCGUUAAGGUUGUGAACGAAAGUUCCAAAAGUGCCAACCGAUGCUCUGCCAUUAAUAAAUCAGCAUGGCUCCUUCAGUCGUAACAGAUCCUCCUUUGGAAACUGGUAGGUUGAUUGCCUUCUAAAGACGGACCGUGGGAUAUUUUUUUUUUUAUUUUUUCUCCAGGUUUGGAGUUGUUGUCCUGCAAUACUCCUCGCACUUUGUGCCGCAACCUCACCUGCUUUGUGAAUCCUGGCUUUUCCCGUUACAGGAUGGCACAGCGAUGCUGCUUGCUUUGUUUGAAAGCAGGCUUUGUCCACAUGCUGCUGGUGUUGUAGAGCAGCAUUGUGUCAAAUAGGAAGUGUUUUAACCGUUUAUGAACUUGGUCUGGGAUUUUCAUCACUUCGCAAGUUCAAUGCAUGCUGCUUUAUGGGACAGACCUUCAAUAUAACCGUCGGUGAAUUUGCAUGUAAAGCCGCGAAAUUGCUUUCUGUAUUUCUUCUAUUUUUUAAGAAUGCAUCUGCUUUUUGAUGACAGGACCACAACCUAGGGUUCUGGAGCAGUUGUCUUACACUACAUUAUUCACUACUACAGUAUUGCUGCAGAAAUGUGGUAACUAGUCAUUUCAUGACCAGUCAUGUUCUAACUGAUGUUUGCGGUCAGCCUAGCUAAACAGAACACAUUUAAAAACUACGCACAUCCCUGUUUAUCCACAGCUUGAUCCGUGUCAAUGUCAGACCUUCCUGAUUGUAACGGUCUUGUUUAUUUAAUAUAGACUGCAUUUCAGAGCUGCAGAAGAGCUAACUUUUUCAUAGAUGGACAGUUGUGAACUUUUUUUUUUUUUGCCCCUCUUUGUUCUUCCGCCUUACAUUUACUGAUUAACGUGUCGGUACGGGAUUUGUAAACAAAAAAAAUAAUAAUUAAAUGGUGUAUUUACAAGUACAUAGAGAGAUACGGUAGUGAUAGUUAUUAAUCUAUUUUUAAGUUGUAAAAAGCUUGUAAUAUAGUAAAUAAUUUCAGGCAAAUGAAGUCUCAGACUAAUCGUUACUUGAUGGUACGUCCUAAUACGUGAAUAUGGCUGAGGACGUCUUCAUAGACUAAUACUUGUCUGUAAUCACCUGCUGUCUGUCAGCAGGGGUCAGUGUACAUGUCUUUAGAAGAGCAUAACUUACUCACAUUGAGAGAGAGAGACGACUGUCAUAUUAUUAUUCCAUGCUUAACUAAAGCCUGUCCACACAUGUUGAAAUAAAGCUGAGGAAAAAAACA